UCCCCAGCGUGGUGGCUGUGUGUGCGUGUUCGAGGCUGAAGUUCUGCACAGUUUGAUGAAUUCGGGUACAAAUCCGAAUCCAUAUUUUCCCUGAGAAAAGUAUUUUGAAUCCAGGGGAAUCUUUCCCCAUGACGCUAUAUGAUGCCUCAAGUAACAACAACAGACUCUUCCCCCACUUUAGUCUACGGAGCUUGCUUGCUUCAAGAAAACCCGAAAGACAAACUAGGGGGAAGUCACAUGAUCAACUGCUCACGUGACUGUUGUGAUUUUCCCCCACCCACCCGGAAUAUUCUUGGACUCGAGUACUGUAUGUGGCUGGCUGACGGCGUUUCUGAGCCGGCGGUGAGUGAAGUUUUGCAGGGGGAAAUGGUCAGGAUAUAUUUGAGUGUCCCCCCACCCCGUUCUGCAAGCCUGGUAGAGUAAGCUGAAGAAUCUUAUUCGGAGAUCAAGCACUGUGAGGUUUUCAAGGGUUCCUGUAAUUUUUAUUACACAAAAAGCAAAGUUAGCAGUGUUGACUAAUGAGGAAAAUUCCGAAGUCGGUAUUUUAUUAAUUACACAAUGUCACCAUAUUUCAUGUUAUUUGCAGGAUUCCCGUGCCUUUAACUGCCCCCCCCCAAAAAAACUGGGAAAACGCGCCUCCUUUCACUGUAUAAUAGCAGUACUGUAUAUGCUAUUAAAAGCCACACCUUCUGUUUUUCUGCCUGCUGCAGAGCUCUUAGGCACGGAAUCUUGCCAGAAAACAGGUAGUAUUUGGGACUGUGAUAGUUCCCAUAUAGAAUUGUACCCCAUUUUCUCCAGAGAAAAAAAGAAGGGAGCAUAGGACUUAAUCACAGGCAGAAUGGAGUCCACCAAACUAGAAUGAAUGCAUGGGCGUAGCCAGGAUUUUUGGGGUGGGGCAGGACCUCAGGUUUCUAUGGAUUUUUAUUGAUUGAGGGGAGGCUGCUGGCCCCUGCCCCCCCCCCCCGCUACACCCCAUAGCUGUCAACUUUUUUAAAGGGAAAUUCCUUUAUUCCGAAUAGGAUUCCUAGCAAGAAAAGGGAAAAGUUGACAGCUAUGUUACACCCAUGAAUGAAUGCUCCAUUUUAACCCAAAUCCAUCAAUGUGAGUAGUCUAGUGAACCCUCAAAGGGGUGUCAGGGGGCCCAUUAAGUUUGGAAGCAGCAUUAGGCAGACCCGGGGUGGGGGUGGGGUAGGCAGGAAUGCACUCUGGCUAUUGUAUAGAACUGACUUGCUGGGUACUUAAGUCAGAUAAAACUAAUGAAUGCCAAGAAGCAGACUGGGAACUUUUGACUACACAAUAGGACUCUUGGGCAAUGCAGCCUGCAGAAAGUCUUAAGUUCCUUGUCUUGCAUGUUCUCCCGCAGGUGGAUGCCUUAACCAAUCCUAUGCCGGCUGAGGAGGGCACACCUGCCUGUCUCCUGAAAGUCCGCUAUGCCACUGACGGAGAAGCCUAAGUGGAAGGGUCUCUGCAUGAUUCUGUGGGCUUCUGGCAUCACAGCUGCAACUGUUAUACUUGGUGUUUCUGGGGUCCAUGAUAACUUGAGCCCUGGAGCUGCUCCAGAAGCAGCGAGUGCCUGCAGAGAUCAUAAUAAAUGCAGGGACGUGAAACGGAAACCCAUAGAACGACCGGAAUUCCCCAGAGGGUUCAUCGCGCAGCCACAGUGCAACGUUCCUCCAGACAGCCGCUUUGACUGUGCUCCAGAGAAGCUGCUCUCUCAAGAAGAAUGCCAGGCCCGGGGCUGUUGUUAUGUCCCUGUUUUGCCCAAGGGCCCUGCUAUUUUGCAGCCGUGGUGCUUCUUCCCUCCUAGCUACCCUAGUUACAAGUUAGCAAACCUGACCACCACUGAAAGUGGCUACACUGCCCGCUUGACCCGCGGUGUGCCCACUUUCAUGCCAGACGACGUAAUGACCUUGCAGCUGGAUGUGAUCUUUGAGACGGAGGGUAGGCUUCACUUCACGGUGAGUAGGGACUGUGCCUAUUUCAUUUCAUUUGUAUACUGCUCAUCAAGAAAAUAAGAUCUUCGCAGAGCAACUUGCAAAUUGCAUAUUAUACAUGCAAUAAGAUGUAAUUAAAAACACACACACACCCAAACAGCACAAAAAUCUCAGUGUAAUACUUCAAAACAACAUCAAAAACCAAGUGGGCCUAUAGUGCUCCAGGAGAAUAUACAAUGAUCAAAAUCAGGUGAAAAUUGGGGUGUUUUGCUACUUGGAUCAAAUCAGUGGCUAAGGGAUGUAAUAAAUCGGUACAGUGGUACCUGUACUCUAGUUCGAUGCACAGUUUAUAGCUGCCUUUAGUGUUGAUCUUUAAGCAUUGUAUUAGUAGUGAGAUGCCUGGGUUAGCUAGCUAAAAGGUUACUUUGUAGUUUAGUACAUGCAGUGGUACCUCAGGUUAAGUACUUAAUUCGUUCCAGAUGUCCGUUCUUAACCUGAAACUGUUCUUAACCUGAAGCACCACUUUAGCUAAUGGGGCCUCCUGCUGCUGCCGCCGCACCGCCAGAGCACAAUUUCUGUUCUCAUCCUGAAGCAAAGUUCUUAACCUGAAACACUAUUUCUGGGUUAGCGGAGUCUGUAACCUGAAGCGUAUGUAACCCGAGGUACCACUGUACUGUAUAUAAAGUCAAAUAUUUUGCUAAUUGAAUUGGGGGUGGAGGGAUGAGUUGUUUCAUGAAAAACGCUUGGUUCCCUUGAUUCAUACUCUGACCAGGACAUGCCCACCCCCAAAUUCAUGAAUGAUCUUUUCCCACCCCCUACUUCUCUCAAGUAAUUUCACUAUAGAUGCUAAGUUCCUGACAGCCUGGCUAGAUUUCUCUGAUUUGCAGCAUCUCUAUUUGUGAUGCAGGAACCUCUUCAUAGGCUCACUAUGGCUUAAGUCAACCCUGUAAUCCUGUUUCUAUUGUCUUCUCCAACACAGUUUAAGGAUCCAGUUAACAAGCGCUAUGAAGUCCCUUUAAAGACCCCAAAAACGAGCAACCGGGCAUCCUCAACACUGUACUCUGUACAGUUCUCUGAUGAUCCCUUUGGCCUUGUUGUUGUCCGAAAAUCCAGUGGGCAGGUUCUGUAAGUUACUCCUGAUUUUCUUUACCCGAAUGUUCUCCUUCUGUCUGCUUGCUGCCAAGAGCAUCUGUCAAACAGAGCCUGAAAAGCUGUAUGAAAAUAACAGAGGAAUGAAAGCAUGUGGGGGGUGAAGGCAGUUGCCCAGUCUGAAACCCAUGUUAUAGGUAAUAUAUUCCAGGGAUAAAAUUAAUCAUCAUGCUAUUUCAGUCAUUCCAUCUGUACAAGCAUUCCAGCUUGCCAGACAGAACGAUCCCUCCUCUCCCCACCACAUAGUGUGAUCUGAAGGGAAAGAGAAAUAAAAAAUACCAGCCGACAGGAAAACCAGUUAUGCUAUGAGCAAGGGCACGAGCGGAACUAACCCGUUAACCAGAGGCCUUGGAAAAGGUGAGAAAGUGGUGAUGGAGAGUAGGAUGGUCCUGACCUAACAACCAGAGGCCUUGGGAAAAGUGAUGCAACCUCAAGUUAUGGGCGUGAUUACUAGGGAGGGGGGCCUUAUCUACAGGGGUUGAUGAUUCUCACAUGAUAUGCCAGAUUAAUAAAUAACCAGGUAUAAAAUGCACUUCCAUGCUGACGAGAAAUAUUUCAGGUAAUGGCUGAAUGUAAGAUUAUGGAGGGUAGUGAUUAGUGGAUAGCCAUGAGUGUUUACAACCCAGACAAGAAUUUCAAAAAGAAUGGGGAAAAUGCAGAGCAUACUUUAACCAAACAGUGCCCCAAAAUAUAUACCUGGACUUGUUUUGAUUAAUUUCUACAGGAGACUUUGCGGUUUUUAAAGUCAUAACUAGGAAAAAUUGUAAUAGUCACAUAUAAAAGAAACAGUAUACAAGAAGUAAAUAAGGAGGCCAUUUACAGGAUAAAGGAAGUCUUUUAUUUUUAUGUUUGUUUUCUUUAUGUAAGGGGAUAGGAGUUUAAUUUUGAUAAUUAAAUUGUCAAUGGUGUUGUUGUUUGCAUGCAUGAGUUGUUGUGGACUAUGUUGUACAUAAAUUAUUGAUAAAAAUAUUUAAAAAAUAAUAAUGCACGAGGUGAUAUAACAUUCUUAAAUCAUAUAUAUAUAGGUUAAUAAUACAUAUUUAAUAGUCAUAUGGUAUAGAAUAUUAUGCACAAUAAACAGUUAUGUAUUGUGUAAAAUUAUAGGUACUAGUAUAUUCAAGGAUAUUCAUGGGGUAAAUUAUGAAUGCCUAAUUAAACAUAUAUGUAUUAUGUUUAAUAUGUAGGAUAAUGUACAUAUUCUUUCAUGGGGUAAAUCAGUUAAUGCACUAUAUACGUAAUAGUAUUAAGAUCAUACUCGACCCCCAAUUUCAGGGGUCACACGGGCGGAGGGGGCUCACCCUGAUGCACAAGCAGAAGGCUUCCACUGACAGGCUGCCCCCAGGGCCAUUUGCCAUACUACAUAUGAGCAGUCCAGGGUUUAUACCCAAGAAUCUACCUAAGGUAGCACUUCAGACAUUACCAACUCUCUGAUGUGUGUGCCUGACUUAUGUGUGUUUUUCCAGACAUGAAUUGGAGUCAUUUGCACAUAACUUGAUAUCUGAAAAUGUAGCCUCUUUUAAGUGUGCACCUUAAGCAAAUACUGUUAUGAGAAGCAGCCUCCAGUGGUUAGAGCUCUUUGUAGUAUUUGUAACUCUGGGCUAAAGCACUUCCUCUUUUUGACCUUCUGCUUUUCUGGUGAGACAGAGCUUGAAAGGUCCUUUUCUGCAUUCAGGGUAUGUAGUGACAUUAUUCACAGGUGUGCUAGGGCAGCGGGAACCAGAGAAAUGCUAAAGUGGAAUUGCCAGGAGCUUGACCUACACUCGAGUAGGACCCUGGCAGAGACACAUGCCCAACUGGUAUGUACUCUCCCUCCUAGUCGAUCGUUCGGGAGCUUCAAAAGCUUUCUUCAGCCCGAACAUCACAGCGACACUUAGGCACACUUAGGGAUCGCAGAGUCUUCGCAGCUUGCGUAAUAGACCUCAGCAACUCAGCAUUUUGGCUAAUCUACUUUAUUUACAUAUAAACCCACACGGAGCACUGCAACUUGGCUCCCUCUCUCUCUAGCAUCAGACAGCAAAGAGAAAAAGAACAAAGGACAAUAGUCCCACUUCACGGAACACAGUAACACAAACAUCCUGUCUCUGUGGAGUCAAAACAUACACCGUCAUGUGAAAGACAGCAAUCCCAUGACUGCAAUCACGGAGCAGGAAUUCUAACACUUUUUGGCUGGACUCGGUGGUAAAGCAUCUGUGUUCCAGACAGGAGGUCCCUGGUGAAAUCCCCAGCAUCUCCAGGUAGGGCUUGGAGACAUCUCUGCCUGAAAUGGAGGAGAGCCUCUGCCAGUCAGGCAGAAAACACUGAGUUAGGUGGACUUGUAUAAGGCAGAUCCUUGUGUUCCUAAUGUCUGGUUCAGGGGCUUCUUUCUCCUUGUUCUCACAGUGAAUUCAGACAACCAAUAGCCUCCUAUAGCCAACUGAGCUACACAGUGCUCAUGUGCCCUGGCCAUGUGGUCAACAAAUCCACUGGAAGUUGUGUGUGUGGGUGUAGGCUUUGGGAGUGGUUAGUGGAACAGAGAUCUAGAAAAGGCAAAUUCAUUGCAGUCUGCUUAGUGGGAUUGUCCACUUUCUCCCCCAAAUAGAAUCAAUACCACCGUGGCUCCCCUCUUCUACGCAGACCAGUUCCUGCAGAUCUCCACUUCCCUGCCAUCGCGCUUCAUCUCUGGGCUGGGUGAGCACCAGACCUCACUCAUCCUGAAUGUCAAUUGGACCAGGGUUACCUUAUGGAAUCGGGACAUAACGCCCACAGUAAGUCAUGGGGAGUUUCAGGAAGGGCUGGGGUGAAAAAACUUUAGAAAUCUGCCUCUCAAAAAGCAGCAACAGCCCAAUACAGAUUGGGCAUGCUCAGAGGCCACACUGCGCUGUGUAUCCAGAGGACAGAGGGGAGAAGCAUGGGAAAUGGCUUGGCUGGAACCCCCAACAGGAGCACUCUACGCUACAACUUUUUGUUGCAGUUCACCUUUGUCCCUUCUGCUUUUGAAUCCAGUUAAACCUGUCCUUUCCUUCUUCCCAGAGAAGUAGUUCUAGGAAAGGAGCUUGGGAUUUCCAGCAGAGAAUUAUCAAUGCCUCACCUGACUUCAGUACCCAGAAUUCUUCAGCAGGUUAUAAGUUAGUAGUGUGUAUGGAGUUGUGGGCAUGCACACCAUCAUAUGCAUUGCUAGGACCAUUUGCCUGAGGAAUGCCUUAUCCUCUCAUUGACUUUUGAUGUGCUUUGUGCAGGAAGGAUCAUUUGACCUAGUCUGGCAGUGAGGUUCUGAAGUAUUCUGCUAUUGUCCACAGCGUAGAUCCAUCAUUGCACUGUUCUACUAACUAAACCUGGUGUCAAGCUUUGGGGAAUUCUUUCCCUCCCCCAGUGGCAGCGAGAAACAGAGAAAACAAAGAAUAGUUCUUACUAGUGAGUGUAUUCAAUCAUCACAGCGAGAGACAAGGAAUGCAGUCUGUCUCCCGUUAAUGGCGUUGCUCCAGCUGAGCUCCUUCCCCUUCCCUUGCUAGUAACAGCACUUCCUCUUAUGGUGGCCGACAGAGGCUAAUUGUCUCUGAGUCUUUUGCUCUUGUAUAUCAACGAUCGCCAGGUUCUGGAAGAAGGGGGGUCAGAAAUACUCUCCAAUGAUAACGUGUCAGCUGUCUGCUCUGUCUCAGUCUCCCUCUUCUCUUCUCUUCUCUUCUCUUCUCUUCUCUUCUCCCAACACCUCCCAACUCGUCUGUUCACAUGUCUCUGAGCUGUCACCAUCCUCAAACCACUGCUGUAAUUCAAUACAGUGGUACCUCAGGUUACAGAUGCUUCAGGUUACAGACUCCGCUAACCCAGAAAUUGUACCUCGGGUUAAGAACUUUGCUUCAGGAUGAGAACAGAAAUCGUGCACCAGUGGCGCGUCGGCAGCAGGAGGUCCCAUUAGCUAAAGUGGUGCUUCAGGUUAAGACCACUUUCAGGUUAAGAAUGGACCUCCAGAACGAAUUAAGUUCUUAACCCGAGGUACUACUGUACUGCCUUCCUCUUCUCUGGAAGCUUCAGGAGAACGGGGGGCGGGGGGGAGUGAUCACCAUUCUUCCUCCAUCUUGUCCCCUUCAGUCCAGUCCCUGACACCUGGCUUAGCUGUGUAGUGUAAUGUGGACUAUGCACUGUUUCUGCAUUUUCAGCCCUCUGUCAAUCUGUAUGGCUCACACCCCUUCUACCUGGCAAUGGAAGACGGCGGCUUGGCCCAUGGAGUCUUUUUGCUAAACAGCAAUGCGAUGGGUAAGGUAUCUCUUUAGAGUGUGUUCUCUGUUCCUUUAUAUCUAUCUACCUCUACAAAGGGCCCUACAUCUUGUUUAUUUAAAAUGCAGGAUACUAUAUAUUUAAUAGUCAUUUUUUCAAGCAUUCUAUAAUGCUUUGGGACUUUCUUUUUUUUUCUUUCUUUUUUUUCUUCUUUUUUUUUUUGGAGCUGUGGGAGUUUAGUUUCUUACCCAUCAGUGCAAUCCUCAGCAUGUGUAAAAGGUAAAGGUAAAGGGACCCCUGACCAUUAGGUCCAGUCGCGGACGACUCUGGGGUUGCGCCACUCAUCUCACUUUAUUGGCCAAGGGAGCCGUCGUACAGCUUCCGGGUCAUGUGGCCAGCAUGACUAAGCUGCUUCUGGAGAACUAGAGCAGUGCACAGAAAUGCCGUUUACCUUCCCGCCGGAGUGGUACCUCUUUAUCUACUUGCACUUUGUGCUUUCGAACUGCUAGGUUGGCAGGAGCAGGGACCGAGCAACAGGAGCUCACCCCAUCGCGGGGAUUUGAACCGCCGACCUUCUGAUUGGCAAGCCCUAGGCUCUGUGGUUUAACCCACAGCACCACCCACAUUCUUUCAGAGGCAAAUUCUAUUGUAUUCCAUGGAACUUACUCUUAGGGAAGCUCCACUGUUCAGGAUGUGUUUAGGAUCGCAGCCUGACUAAUACGUUGUAAGCCUUUCCCUUUAAGACAAAUCUAUAUGUAAGAUGAAUCUAUAUGUAAUAUUGUGCAUCUGUCCUGAUCAGAUCAGGCGGUGUAGUGAGUGGGUAACAGCAAGCUGAUGCUGUCAGCAUAUUUACAGGCAAAAAUGCACAUCAGGCUGGAGAGGUGAGGGAUUUAGCUGCUGAUGCAAGGUGAUGGUUGCCUGUAAACCGUGAAGGUAAAAUUGUGACAGCGUAUCUGGGCUCCAAAUUGGGAAGUGUUCCUGAGCCCCAUUUGGGGGGCAAAUCUGCAUGCAUGGUGAAGGUCAUCACCUUAGUAACCUAAAUUAACUAAAUUAGACUGGUAAAAGUUUUAGGAGGGUGCAAUUUAGGGUUUACAUACAUGCUUUAUUUAAUUAAUUUUAUUCCCCAGUCUAAUAUCAUUUACCAUUUAUAAAUUUAUUUAUUUUCAUUCUGAUUUUUCAGUGGUUGCUGAAUUUGUAAAUUUUCAUCAUUUAUGUGCUUCAGUUUAGAUAAAGCCAAUUUAUUUUUAUUUUCGGUCUGACUCUGGUCCCUCCCUGCUUAUUGCCACUAGUUCACUGGAUCAACCUUACUGGAACGAGAUUUUGGAAUCUGUUUUCAGGAUGUGCCUUUGGUCUUCGGCCACCAUUUCCAUGCCUCUUUCUGCCUUUCAGAUGUGAUCCUCCAGCCCAGUCCAGCCCUAACCUGGAGAACAACUGGUGGUAUCCUAGAUUUCUACGUCUUCCUGGGUCCAGACCCAAAGAGUGUUGUGCGGCAGUACAUGGAUGUCAUUGGUAGGCACUUGCUUUCUUCCUUAUGAGAAGCUAGCUAAUAACUUGACAAAGUGCCUUCUCUCCCAAAACUGCUGCCAUCAAAAAUACCACUCUGGUCUGUUGUGGGUCCUGUGAAGUGCUAUGAGCAACUUCCAGCUUUGUCCUUAAUGGCACUGACCAGCAUCCAGUGCCAGGGCUGCAAUAAUUCAAGCCUGUCCUUUCUCUGUAUAGGCACUCCUCUUUAUUUUGAACUUCAGGUAGUGCACUGUUGGUGCUAGAAAGUUAUUAAAAGGGGCAACCCCAGUCACCAGUCUAGCUGCCGCAUUCUGGAUUAGUUGCAGUUUCCGGGUCACCUUCAAAGGUAGCCCCAUGUAGAGUGCGUUGCAGUAGUCCAAGCAAGAGAUAACUAGAGCAUGCACCACUCUGGCAAGACAGUCUGCAGGCAGGUAGGGUCUCACCCUGUGUACCAGGCGGCACUGGUAAACAGCUGCCCUGGACACAGAAUUGACCUGCGCCUCCAUGGACAGCUGUGAGUCCAAAAUUACUCCCAGGCUGCACACCUGGUCCUUCAGGGGAACAGUUACCCUCCAAAACAGUACUUCUGUCUUGUCAGGAUUCAACCUUAAUCUGUUAGCCGCCAUCCAUCCUCCAACCACCUCCAGGCACUCACACAGGACCUUCACUGCUUUCACUGGUUCUGAUUUAAAAGAGAGGUAAAAAAAGGUAAAGGGACCCCGACCAUUAGGUUCAGUCAUGGCUGACUCUGGGGUUGUGGUGCUCAUCUCGCUUUAUUGGCCAAUGGAGCCGGCGUACAGCUUCCGGGUCAUGUGGCCAGCAUGACUAAGCCGCUUCUGGUGAACCAGAGCAGCGCACGGAAAUGCCAUUUACCUUCCCACCGGAGUGGUACUUCUUUAUCUACUUGCACUUCGUGCUUUCGAACUGCUAGGUUAACAGGAGCAGGGACCGGGAGCUCACCCUGUCGUGGGGAUUCAAACCGCCGACCUUCUGAUCGGCAAGUCCUAGGCUCUGUGGUUUAACCCACAGUGCCACCCGCGUCCCUCUAAAAGAGAGGUAGAGCUUGUUUAAACCCCCCUGUUGUUUUUUGUUACUGCUAGGAGGUGCAAUGUUGCUAUAGUUAUAGUACCGAGAUGUUAGUUUGUUGUAUGCCAUUAUGGUUGUUAUUACAUUGGUGUUUCAUUAUUGCUGUUAUUGUGAAAUUGUAAUUCUGAUGGUUGAUUUUGUACUGUUUUGCUGUUGCCCUUCUUCCAAGCCUCUUUGAGCACAGUUUUUGUGUGUGGCAAGGCACCAUACAAAUGAAGGAGCAGUGAUGGUGAUGAUACCAGCAUUGCCACCGUCCCAUGUGAACUGCCCUGAGACUUGUGGGUAUAGGGCAGUAUAUAAAUUUAUUAAAUAAAAAUAAUAAUCAUCUGUACACGGGCUUCCCUUUUCCCACAUGGAUGUACUUCAUGCACUGAAAAAUACAUAAGGCAGCCCUGGACUAUUAUGCUUGAGAUGCCCAGCUCUGCUGCCUUAAUCCUCUAUGCCCCCUGAAGGAAUUCUUCUGGCCGCUCUACAGUGGUACCUCUGGUUAUGAACUUAAUUCGUUCCGGAGGUCCGUUCUUAACCUGAAACCGUUCUUAACCUGAGGUCCCACUUUAGCUAAUGGGGCCUCCCACUGCCACUACGGCACAUGAUUUCUGUUCUCAUCCUGAGGUAAACUUCUUAACCUGAGGUACUACUUCCGGGUUAGCGGAGUCUGUAACCCGAGGUGUUUGUAACCCGAGUUUCCACUGUAUUUGUAUUUAUUACAAUGCAAUAAACAUAACCAUCAAAAUCUUUCCAUGAGUAUUUGGAAUGGGGACUGACCCCUUGCUCCUAAUCCUGGCCUUAGCUGCAACAGAAAAGAGGCGGUCUUAGAUUUUUAAAGGAGACAUAUUUACGCUAGAUUUUUUUACCCAUCUCCCAAAGAACAUUUGAAUGAGGAAGUUUAUUUCUUCAAAUCUUGGAGGAUGUUUCAUUGAAAGUUUACUUGCAUGGUGCAUUUGUGAGAUGCUAUUGGUUGUUGGAGGCCUCUGAGUAUCUUUCCCUUUCUCUCCGCCCCCACCUAUUCCUUUUUCCUUCAGGGUAUCCAUUCAUGCCCCCCUACUGGGCCCUGGGAUUCCACCUGUGUCGCUGGGGAUACUCAUCUACGGAUGUCACCCGGGAAGUGGUGAAGAACAUGACAGCGGCACGAUUCCCCCUGGUACGUGGCUUCCCGGAGUCCUCUCCAGGACACAGCUUCUCCCUCAUGUGUCUGUAGAGCCAUGGUAACUGAGCAGUGGGGAACAACAGGGCCGGAGCGUCAGAGAAACCGCCUGUAUACUCAGUAAUGCCGCCAUUUGUGGACUUCACAGGAUGUGCAGUGGAACGACCUGGAUUAUGCAGAUGCUAGGAGAGAUUUCACUUUCAACAAGGAUGGCUUCAGGGAUAUGCCAGAUAUGGUGAACGACUUCCACCGCGAUGGCCGGAGGUACGUCAUGAUUGUGGUAAGUUAAUGAAGCCUGAGCUCUUCCACCGAUGGGGAACUUCACAAAGGCCGGUUCUCCACAUCGUAGAUCGUCCGCUGGUCUGUCGGGACCUAUUCAGAAGCUUGUCUGAAUUAAUUUUAAGAUGUAUUUUAAUUAAUUGAUGUCUGUUUUUAUGCUUAUUGUGUUGUUUUUAUGAUGUUAGCCGGUCUGAGCCUGGCCUCGGCCGGAGAGAGUGGGAUACAAACAAUUUAUUAUUAUUAUUAUUACUAUGGCCAGGUUGCAGACUGAUCUGAGGUGGUUCGUGACACCAGCACAAGCACCAUACAAAUAUAUGGUAAAACAUUAAGUGCCCCCAGUGCAUGUUCUGGUUAAAAGUGGGUCCUGGAUCCAAAAAGUUUGAAGAUAACUGCUCUAGAGUAGAAGUAGCUAACCUGUCACAACCCAAGUGAUGUGGGACUCACAAAUCGUCCCUGACAAUUGGCCACCAGUCCAAACAAUCUAGAGGCUACUUUCCUGGCCUACAGUAAGAAACAACUUGAAUGAUUCUAAGCCUAGGUACAAUGUUUAAGCUGGAGGUUGGAAACCUCCAUAUAUUUUUGAACUCCCAACACCAUUUAGUGGUCAGGGAUGAGGGAAGUUUUAAAUGUUUGAUAUUGUAUUGUGCUUUUAAUAUUCUGUUGGGAACCGCUCAGAGUGGCUGGGGAAACCCAGCCAGAUGUGCAGGGUAUAAAUAUUAUUAUUGUUAUUGUUAUUUAUUUUCCACUCCUGGUUUAAGGCUACUGCUGUUGGUCUGGGCUGCUUUCUGAGAUGCAACAAGCAAGCAGCAAGUUGCUAGGACUUCUCUUUCUUAAAUCUGUAGAUUUAUAUGUUGAGAAAUCCCCUGGUACAUAUGACCUAACUCUCUUGAGACAUGAGGUGUGAGAUUCCAGACUUGCUGGUCUGACCUAGAAAAUGGAAGUAGUUAUGAAAUGAUAGACUUCAUUUCAAGAGAUACUGUGUAUCGGCCUGCUAACUUUUCAAAAGUCGUGGAAUUCCAUGCUUUCUUGCAUUUUCAUGUCCUAGCCGGCGUCUCACUGUGUUCUCUUUUUAGGAUGCAGGUAUCAGCAGUUCCAGCCCCGCUGGGAGUUACAAGCCUUAUGACGAAGGCCUGAAGCGGGGGGUCUUCAUCUUAAAUACAACAGGGCAGCCUCUGAUUGGAGAGGUGAGUCCUGGGCCCGAGCCCUGAGCUUUGGCAGACCAUGAAAGAAUGCCUGCUCUGAAUGGCACAUGUUUUUGAGUGAAAUCAAAGCUCAUGAUUCAUAUUCUAUACUUGAGCUGGAUGGGUCAAGGAGAGGCAAUAGGAUGGACCAUGUCUUCCUUUGUUCAUAGGGCUCCGACUUCCAUUUUGGUAGCAUUGCAAAGCGAAGCCCUGUAAUAUUGCAUUCUCAGCGCGCUAUAUGGCUGCGAUUGUACACUUGCAGUCACCAUUCCCCUAGAAACCACAGAGGAUACUGCUCUUACACAGGUUUUGCUGUGCCUUCUUACUUCAUUGGCCUUCCUCUAGUUCCAUAUUUUAAGGGGUUCCAGGAGAACUGGGCCACAAGUAGUGCUCUAAGGAUGCAAGUAAGCAUAGCAUUGUGACACACAAGGGUUUCCCGAUGGCUUUUGACGCCUGUGACCUUUUACCUUCCAGGUCUGGCCUGGCCCCACUGCCUUCCCUGACUUCACCAACCCAGAGACUCAGCAGUGGUGGCAUGACAUCGUCAAGGAUUUCCAUGACCAGGUGCCCUUUGAUGGCAUGUGGAUUGUGAGUUUCUUAGGCCAGUACUUUGGUGUUGUCGUGUUCAUUGAACGGAGGAGGUGCAAAGUCCUCAAAAUCCCUUUGCUUCUACACUGAUGGAGAAACAAGAUUCUUCUCCUUUCCACCCCCCAUUCUAGGACAUGAAUGAGCCAUCAAAUUUUGUGGAAGGUUCCUUGGAAGACUGUCCCAGCAACAAGUUUGAGAAGCCUCCUUAUGUGCCAGGUGAGAGAGAGAGAGAAGGUUACAAAGAUGGGGCUUUGCUAGUAAAUGAUGGGUGGGACUGGAGAAUCUGGGAAUAGAAGAUAAAUCAAUAAACCUGUUGGGGAGAGGAAUCUCCAAAUAUGAUUACUUGGGAAUAUUCAUGACAGCAUGGCCUUCAGUUAAUUCUGCUUGGAUCACUGCACUGUGCAGCACUGGAUUAGCUAUUUAACAAAAUCAUGACGUACACCAGGGAUGGGGAGCUUCUUAUGGCCCCGGGCAAAACAAGACUAAUGGUUAAGGAUAGUAGGAGUUGGUCCAGCAACAUCUGGAGGACCUAAGGUUCUCUACCCAUGAUUUACACACAAUGCACUAUAUGAAAGCAGUCAAGGAAUCACAAGUUACAGAAUGCCAGUUAGUGCAGGGCUGGUGUGCAUGAGGAGCACCGAAGAGCAACAAGUUCAUCCUUGUUUGGCCUGGUUCAGAUCCUGAAGCAGGAGUCCUAGCAGUCGCUCCCAAUUGACCUCUCUGUGGUUAGACUAUUCCUAUAGCAGCAGCUCCCUGUGAAGGUCAAGAGACUUGUGUAAGUAUUGAGAAGUGUUGCCUUUUCCCUUCGGCCUGCAGGAGCUCCUAGUUGGGCACUAGUGAUCCUAAGAUCCCUGAGACCAAGAGUGCUCAAGAAUGCUUUACUUGCCUUCUAGCUCCUGGGUGAUGGCCUUUUUGCUCACACAUUCUGCCUUGCCUGCCCCUGUUCCCCGCAUAGGUGUGCUAGGAGGAUCCUUGAAGACUCGAACGCUCUGUGCCUCCAGCAGGCAAUACCUGUCCUCCCAUUACAACCUGCACAAUCUGUAUGGGUUGACUGAAGCCAUCGCGUCACACGAGUGAGUAGGACAUGCAGAGUCCUCGGGGACCCUGCCCAAAAGGUGGUAUGCCUCUUGGAUGCAGAGUCUCAUCUUGGUAUUCAAGGGCCUGUUGCUGGUGAUAAGCUGGAGCCAAGUGCCUUGAGUUUGAACUUCUGCCUGAGAAUCUUCUCAUGGGAUGCAGUAAAUCAGCACUUCUACCAGUGCUUGGACUACUGCAAUGUGCUCUGCGUGGGGCUACCUUUGAAGGUGACUCUGAAACUACAAUUCAGAAUGCAGCUGCCAGACUGGUGACUGAGAGCGGCCACCGGGACCAAGUAACACAGGUCCCGAAAGACCUGCAUUGGCUCCCGGUACAUUUCCGAGCACAGUUCAAAGUGUUGGUGCUGACCUUUAAAGCCCUAAACAGCCUUGACCCAAUAUACCUGAAGGAGCGUCUCCACACCCAUUGUUCAACCCGGACACUGAGGUCCAACGCUGAGGGCCUUCUGGUGGUUCUCUCACUGUGAGAAGUGAGGUUACAGGGAACCAGGCAGAGGGCCUUCUCGGUAGUGGCACCCUCCCUGUGGAACACCCUCCCGUCAGAUGUCAAGGAGAUAAAGAACUACACAACUUUUUGAAGAAAUCUGAAGGCAGCCCUGUAUAGGGAAGUUUUCAAUGUUUGAUACUAUGUUUUUAUAUGUAUUGGAAGCCGCCCAGAGUGCCUGGGGCAACCCAGUCAGAUGGGCGGGGUACAAAAAUUAAUUUAUUAUUAUUAUUGAAAGAUCAAAGCUCUGGAUGGACAGGGGUCAGUUUCUGACAUUGCCCACAACUUCCCCUCCCUUCUGUUCUCAGCGCUUUGGUGAAAGUGCGAGGGAAGCGCCCAUUCAUCAUCUCUCGUUCCACCUUUGCCGGUCAUGGUCACUAUGCUGGUCACUGGACUGGGGAUGUCAUGAGCACCUGGGAUCAUUUAUACUAUACCAUACCAGGUAAAUAUGUUUGGGGAGUCAGUCCCGGGAACUUGCCAUGUUCUGCUUUUAAAGAUGCUGCUUUGGAGUUCUUUCAGAUCUCCAUGAGAGAGGAAAGUUCCUGGACUUAGAGAUGCGAAUUCCCUAAAGGUAAAGGGACCCCUGACUAUUAGGUCCAGUCAUGGCCGACUCUGGGGUUGCGGCACUCAUCUUGCUUUAUUGGCCAAGGGAGCUGGUGUACAGCUUCCGGGUCAUGAGGCCAGUAUGACUAAGCCGCUUCUGGCGCACGGAAACGCUGUUUACCUUCCCGCCGGAGCUGUACCUAUUUAUCUACUUGCACUUUGACGUGCUUUUGAACUGCUAGGUUGGCAGGAGCUGGGACCGAGCAAUGGGAGCUCACCCCAUCACCGAGAUUCGAACCGCUGACCUUCUGAUCAGCAAGUCCUAGGCUCUGUGGUUUAACCCACAGCACCACCCGCGUCCCGAAUUCCCUAGCAGGGAUGAAUUCUGUGUAAUAUCACACACAUACAAACACAAAAAACCCCACAGACCACUGCAGAAUCGUGCCUGCACCCAGAGCCUGCCACUGAAGAGGUCAUUCCAUGUAUUUUCCUUGUCUUGCCUUCAGCGGUGCUGCUCUUUAACUUCUAUGGUGUGCCAUUGGUUGGCGCGGACAUCUGUGGCUUUGUGGGUGACACGUCAGAAGAGCUUUGUGUGCGCUGGACCCAACUGGGCGCCUUCUACCCCUUCAUGCGAAACCACAACGACCGUAGAAACAAGGUAAGCGAUGGUGGAUCAGCCUUGCUCUCUCCCCCUCUUUGUAACGUAUUUACGCUGUGUGGGGGGUCGUGGUGGGGAGCAUGGCUGGGAUUUAAACGUUUUAGAGAGUUCAAAUGGAAGGUGUGUGUCUCUGGGAGAUAGGAGCAUCGCUCAGUGGUCCAGGAUAAGGGACUGGUGGCCCAUUGUAUCUGGAUUGGUCUCUGGUGUCAUGAACCAAGCAUAAAGGUAGCUUGUUGAACAACUCACCCCUUCUUCCCCAAAUACUUCCAGUUAGUUUAAUCUUUGGAAUCGGCUUCUGCUCACUACAACCCAUCCUGUGAAGCUUGCCCCCCAAAAGUUCUGAUAAUCAUUUUUGUGAAGCAACAGUGAAAUAACAUUCAGCUUCAUGCUGUUGGAAGAAAGCAGACAAAGGCUCCAUUUCCCGCCCCCUCCAAUACUGAGCAGGAAGUAAGAGUCAAAACCUAAAUGCACUUCAUUUAGAAAUGUCCUGUGCUCUAAGUUCAUUUAAGAGUGUGCAGUGAUGUGGUCAUAGCCACAGGCAUAGAAGUAAUAAAGGAAUUGGCCUGAUAAUGUUUUAAAAACAAUGUGGCAAUGUGGCAAAGAAUGCUAUUAGGUGUGGAGCCCCAGGAAAAGGUUAGGGCAACUUAACUUGAAAAACAAGGCCGUGUAAUACUGAGCUGGUGAAUCACCGCAGUAGUCUUGGCGCUGCUAUGCAACUGCAAGGAACUGGAGGUCUCUAUAUGGUUAGAUUCACAGCUUGCAUGGUAUGAAUUGUGCAGCAUGCACAACUCUUUUAGUUGUUCUUUUUAUAGUCUCGUAAAUCAUUAACUGGAUCUCAUGAAGUGAGUCAAUUUUCAAGGCAAUGCUUACUCGGGAGUAAGUUCUAAUGUGUUCCAUGCUGUUUUUUCUUCCUUGUAAGUGCAUGUAGGGUUGCAGCCUUAACCGUGGUUUAAUAGUAUCCCCCCUGCCCGUUUUCUCCAUCCAUGCAAUAAUUGCAUGGAUUUGUUUUCACUUUCUGGUUCGGUAGAUUUCACAGUGGCCCUCAAGAUGCUGCACAUCUCAGUGGCAAGUAACUCCAUCCCAUGCAGUGACCUCUGCCCUCUCUGCUUGCUACAGAGCUCUGGCUCUGCGUGCCGCUGUUGCACCAAAAGUGGCCAUGGGGGUCCUUGUAGUAAAGGAUCUUCGGGUCUGCUUGCAGAAGCAGCAGCAGCAUAACAGUUAGAACUGACUGUUACUGUCAAUGUAGUGUCACAGAUUGCGGUUGGUACAAGUGCCCAGUCUUAUGUGCUCUGUUACUGGCACAAAGGGCCCUAUGGGAUCAUGCCUUAAAACAAGAGCCGGCAACGUGGUGCUCUCCAGAUGUUGCUGGACUCCAAAUCCCACCUCUCUGUGUCUGUUGGCCAUGCUAGCAGGGGCUGAUGGGCGUUGGAGCCCAACAACAUUUAGAGGGCACCGCGUUAGCUACCCUUGGCUUCAGGGUUACUCUUUUUAUUUCAGCUCUCAUCAACUCUACUCCUGUUAGGCAGUGUUUCCCAAACUUGGGUCUCCAGCUGUUUUCGGACUUCAGUUCCCAUCAUCCCUGGCCACUGGUUUUGCUAGCUAGAGAUGAUGGGAGUUGUAGUCCGAAAACAGCUGGAGAACCAAGUCUGGGAAACACUGUGUUAAGAGUGUCAACGUGUCCCACAGCAGGUGUUGAACUUCCUGGUGAAAAGGAUGUUUGGGUAUCGGGGAGGGUACAUGUGGGGGAAAAGAUGUUUUCUGAAUCUGAUCUUGGCAACCUGGGAAAUGCCUCUUUCUGCAGGAGUCUUUGGGGCAUGAUGCUUCUAAUAUGUUUUCUCCCUCUAUCUUGCAGCCCCAGGAACCAUAUGUCUUCAGCCAAGAGGCCCAAGAAGCCAUGAGAAAAGCCUUCUUGCUUCGCUACUCCUUGCUGCCUUACCUCUACACCCUCUUUCACAAGGCCCACUCCGCAGGGGAGACGGUUGCCCGACCCCUUUAUCUGGAGUGAGUCAGCGGACUGCUAUGCUGGCAGUGAAAGGGUCAGGUGCAGUGGGGAAUCUGUGGCCUUGCAGCCAUUUGACCCACGGGGGGUGGGGAGGAGCCAGAGAGAGAGAGAGAAAAUGAAAGAGAAUGUUUAUGAGCUGGAGGCAGAGGAAUUUGCUUCUUGAUCAAAUCAAGUUUGUUGAUUCCCUAUAAUACAGAGUGGUAUGGGGGUGAAUCUCUUCUCUGCAGGUUCCCAGAAGACCCCAAUACAUGGGACAUCGACCGACAGCUCAUGUGGGGAGCAGGGGUUCUCAUCACUCCUGUGUUGGAGGCAGGGAAGAGUCAUGUCAGCGGCUACUUCCCUUCAGGCACAUGGUACAACCUUUUGGUGGUGAGUGUUGCUGCUUCCUCUGGCUAGUGCCGCCAUUAUUACUAUUGUUGUUGUUGUUAUCCCUGUGGAAUGCCCUCCCAUCAGAUGCCAAGGAGAUGAAAGAACUAUACAACUUUUAGAAGACAUCCGAAGUCAGGCCUCUUUUGGGAGUUUUUUUAAUUCUGAUGUUUUAUUAUGUUUUUUUAUAUGUGUUGGAAGCUGCCCAGAGUGGCUGGGGCAACCCAGCCAGAUGGGCAGGGUAUAAAUAAUAAAACUAUUAUUAUAAUGUGAAAGAUCACAAGUGCCUGUGACAUUUCACUGGAAUCGGGAGCACAGUGGGCAGAGAAGGUUGAUAGUUCCCUGCUCCAGGUCCUUUCAGCUUCAGUAAAUGGAGCCUUCCCCAUGAUGUCCAAGCUGUAUCUGAAGCAUAUGUCUUGAUUAGACAUUCACAGAAUUGAGUUCACCUAGGUGGCCAUCAUUGACCUCGCACCUUCAUAACAUUAUUGUGCCCACUCUCUAUAGAAGCCGUGGUUUCUGAUAUCUUUCUGCAACGUGUCUGGUAGAUGACUUGCUCUUCAGGCUUGGCCACAUUCAUGGGCUCCAGAAAUACUUGUUUUGGGCGCUGUGGGUUGUAAUGAUCAAAUACUUGUCACAUUUCAGAAUUUGCUUGACUUGAAACUGUCAAGUGACUAAUCUUGUCUUAAAGCGACAGUAGCCUGAAUCAUCAUCCUGAGUGGAUGAAAAUUAACCUUUAGACAAUGCAGAAGUAGGCUGCCGUAUUUAUUCUCAAUCCAAAUGCUGGCUAAGCUGCAGUAAAGAGAGGAGGGAGAAAGGUUGUUUUCUGCUGCUCCAGAGAAGCGGACGUGGAGCAAUGGAUCCAAACUACAAGAAAGAAGAUUCCACCUAAACAUUAGGAAGAACUUCCUGACAGUAAGAGCUGUUCGACAGUGGAAUUUGCUGCCAAGGAGUGUGGUAGAGUCUCCUUCUUUGGAGGUCUUUAAGCAGAGGCUUGACAACCAUAUGUCAGGAGUGCUCUGAUGGUGUUUCCUGCUUGGCAGGGGGUUGGACUCGAUGGCCCUUGUGGUCUCUUCCAACUCUAUGAUUCUGUGAUAAAGAGAGGCUUGGUAGCUCAUCAGCUCUUAGGACAGUGUGUGUGUGUGUGUGUGUGUGUGUGUGUGUGUAACCUUUUCUGCACACCAGCAAAUUGGAAGGUGCGUUCAAAGGGUAGGGAGCCAUGAUACCAGUCAAGCACCAGCCAAGCUUGUGUAUCUGAAGAAGUGUGCAUGCACACAAAAGCUCAUACUAAUAACUAACUUACUUGGUCUCUAAGGUGUUACUGGAAGGAAUUUUUUAAUUUAAUUUAAUUUAUUUUGUUUUGCCUACGGCAGACCAACACGGCUACCCACCUGUAACUAAAACCAGACAAGCUGUGUGUGAUCCGCGAAGUCUCAGCCUUUGUGCAUUUUGUGCCUUUACACACCAUGCACAGGAUUUCAAAUGCCUGCUUAAUGAUGGGUCCUGUAUCUGGCUUUUCAGGGAUCUGCCAUACACAGCAAGGGACAAUGGGUUCUCUUAUCGGCUCCACUUGACACUAUCAAUGUCCAUGUACGAGCAGGUCACAUCUUACCCUUGCAGGUGAGUUAAUUCCACCACUUUUGACCUUGCCUGGACAUUCUAUGUCUUUGAAUCUACCCAGUGCCUUUACCAAAAACAACAACACAGAACUACUAAGCCAAGUACUGCCAUAGGAUUCACUUGGCAGGGUGUUCUUGUGUGCAUGAUUAGUGGGGUGCAGGGAUAUUUUUUAUAAUAUUGCUGGGGGGGUGAGCUAUAUUUCAGGGCUUUACUGUUUUGGUUAUCAUUUUCCUCCACUGCCUCUCUCCCCAGGAACCUGCCUUCACCACCACAGAGUCCCGCAAAAAGGGGAUGUCCCUAGUGGUGGCUUUGACCCUGGAAGGGGUAGCAAGAGGUGACCUGUUCUGGGAUGAUGGUGAUAGACUGCAGACCUUUGAGAAGGGCGAUUACACACAGAUUGUCUUUCUGGCAAGAAAUGUGAGUUUCUGGGAGAAACAGGUUGCUCCAUUUGUUCCUAAUGCCUGGGAUCUCAUUUGGCUGCAUCUGUUUUGUGGGGGUAUCAUGUCAUUCUCCUCCCUCUCUCCCCCACGGCUACAGGGCAUGCUGGUCAAUGAGAUUGUGCAGCUCAAUAGCCAAAUGGAUGGGCUGCUGUUGAAAGAGGUGGCAGUUCUUGGUGUCCCCAGCCCUCCUCAGCGUGUCCUGGCAAAUGGGGUCCCCGUCCCAGACUUCUCCUACCGCACCGACACCAAGGUAAGGACUUCUCUGUGGGUGGAGGCUGAUGCCUCUUUCUGCUUGCAUUGAUUGCAGACAGCAUGAGCUAUUUAAGCAAUGGAAUAUACUAGUCAGCUUUUUAAAAGUAUGUUAGUAAAGAUUUGAAAGUGCCAAAUUGAUUUGAGCAGGGCUUGCAGUGUUCAGGGAAUUAGGUACCUAUUAGAUUUCUGUUUCUGCCCUUGAAUCUGAAGUUGCUGGGCCGGUACAGAACAAAAUAUAAAAUGUAUAAAUCAAAACAAAUACCAUAAAGCAACAACAGUAUAAACUGGACAUUGGACAACCUGGCUAUCCUGAGUUCCCUGUGUUUCUCCCAUGAUUUCCAGUACUUGCCCCAGUAUUUCUGUUCCUCUCUUCCGCUCCCCAAAACCCAUCUAGAAACUUCCUUAAACAUUCUGAAUGUUGUAAAUGCUAUUAAAAUGCAAAUCAAGGGAACACAACAUCAUUCUCAAUAUACUUGGGGGUAAAUGCUCUUUUGCUUUUGUUCUGUUUUUACUUUAUAUAUCCAGCUACACCUUGGAAACAGAAUAUUCUCAGAAAUAAUUAGCAUGGCUGCAGUGUAGACUUCAUAACUCAGAAGACAAUUGUUGACUUGGUUUAGAAGCAUGGCAGCUUCUCUGGGUGGGAUUCAGCUGAUGGGGUCCACUCAUGCAGGGAGAUUUUCUUCCUCUCCAUUCUCCACCCUCCCUAAAUCUGCUCUGGUUUUCUCCUAACCCUCAAGCUGGGCAUGGGGUGGGUGGAGUAUUGCUGUGCAAGUGGACCUCAUUCCAUGCAUGCAUACCCCACUUACUGCUGCACUGAAUUCCACCCAGGGUACUUGCCUGCAGGAGCUUGUAGGGCUGCCAACAGGCUGUCAGUCUAGAGGUGCCUGUCGCAUGAACUGGUGUGUCCACAUGGGGCAGCAGCCACAUUUGAACCAUGUGUACCACGGAAGCCCAAGCACAAAGGAAGGGACAGCAGAACUUCCCCUCUGCUUUGUGAGAUUACCCAUGGCCCCACAAGGUCUCAGUGGAGAUUAGCAUGGACCAGCCAGCACCUGAGCUUGGACUGCUCUGUCCUUCAUUGUGAUUCCAGGAUGAAGUCUGUGAGCAACUGUCACUAACUCUACCUUGUCGCUUCCUCAGAUCCUUACCAUCCCACUCCACCUGUUGAUGGGAGAGCCAUUUCUUAUCACCUGGUCCUGAGCAAAGAAGAAAAGCUCUCACCAGUUUCUCUGCACCACAACAGAAGAAUGAAAAACCAACGAUAACAAUGCACCUUAUUCUGUCUGUACUGGAAUGUUUUGGUGAUUUGUCAGAAAGUGUCUUUUCAGCAGCAAGAACUGUUUCCUGUUUUCCUCUGGCACUGCAGGGAAGGGAAGGGGAGCCUGUGACCCUUCUGGUGUCAAGGAUGAUGGAAGCUGUAGUCCAAGAGAUCUAGAGGGUCACAGGUUGCUCAGUAUCUGUUGGAAGGGGAAUAGUCAGAGUCUUCAGGGACUUUCUGUAUUCUUAAUUUAAGCCAGAUAUUUGAUGGCUUUGUUUUUGCUUUUUGGAUGCUGAUGAAAUUCAAGACACAUGGCUGCAAUUUUCAUAUCUCCCCCCCGCACCCCACCCCGGAGUAAAAAGAAUGUUCAUGGGAAGACAGAUGCUGCUUUGUUGUGACGAAGCUCACCUUAAUGGUACGACCAGAUGGAGCAAAUUUGCUCAAGCAGGUGCAGAAGCAGACAGAAGCCAUUGCAAACACCCACUUCAUUGGCUACCAAGCUCAGCUCCCCUUGAAUCAAUUGGUAGCUUCCCAUUGGCUGUAGUAAGCCAGGACUAAGGGCAGUGGAAGGGAAACUUUCCUGGCCUGGGGAGCAGAAUCUUUCAGGGGAAAACAGCAUGGCAAUUGAGUUAGUCAUUCCAAAUCAUGUCCCCCUGCCCUCCUGUUUUGGGCAGAGCAAGGGUUUCUCUAUGCACAAGACCUCAUUUUAUUGCACUAAAAUGCAGCUCUAUUUUUGUAGUGGUGCAUCCACAGGAAAGCUGUAAAAGCUGCUUGCUUGCUUGCUGAAAGAGCAGCUCUUAUGAACAAAACCCCCCCCUCCUUUUUGGGGAAAGGCAGCUGCAACAGGAACUCAGUGAAUACAGAGAGUCUGUUUGCAUUUGAAGUCUGAAAUGAAUUUUUUUCCUGCCUCUUGGAAGUCUGUCUUCUCAAUAAAUAUUUUUCUUAAAUCUUGUGCUUUACCCUCAUUUGUGUUGGAUCUAUUUCACUGGUGGCAGAAAAUUUUAAAAAGGUUCGCCUUUGAUAAAAGGUGGGUGAUCACAAAACAACACUCCCUACUACUCAUAGAUCUUUCCCAUCUCUCCUUCCUAUUUGUUUACCUUUCCUCUCAAAAGCUCAGAACAGGCCAGGCAUCCAAUUGACUCUUUAUCAGGUGCAUUCAGAUUGUUCUCUUGUUGCCAUCAAGUUUGCUUUACCAGCAUCCAAAUGGUUAACGAUCAUGAUGAUGGUGGUGGUUGCCAAAAACUGCUGCAGUUUGAGGAUAUGGUGCUGCUGUCGCCCAGCAUAAGGCACAGACACAAGAGCAAAUAGUAAACAACAUUGCAUGUAAUGCAGGAUGCAGUGAUUAUAUUAAAGGUUGAUUCAA